ACGAGAAUUCCCCAAUCACAAAUUCUUAAACCCUAGCUGUUUCUGCCGGCAAAACGGAGGCACCGGCGUGCAAGAAUAAGCAUAUACAGGGAAAGAGAUAGCGCAAUCGGAAUUCGAAAUUGAUUUGGGGAAUCUCAUGGCUUUCGAUCUGCAUCGUCAAUUUCCUUCUACUGCCUCUUCCAGGGAGGGGCUAGUAAAGGAAGCUAUUGAACAGGGAACCAAAUUGGUACAAGCAGUUGCUGAUGUCCUGUUUAAUUUACCGUCAACUGAAGAUCUAGAUGGUCCCACUGUCAAGUUGCCUGCGCCUACAACAAAAUUGCCGAGAGAGAAGCCUCUUCCCAAACCUAGUCCUCCAACAAAAUGGGAAUUGUUUGCUCAAAAGAAAGGUAUUGAAAAACGCAAGAAAGACCAACUUGCCUUUGAUGAGCAAACCAGUACUUGGAAGCGACGUCAUGGCUAUGACCAUGUAAAUGACGACAAGGACAUACCAAUAAUUGAGGCCAAGAUGACAGAUGAACCAGGAAUGGAUCCGUUUGCUGAGAGACUAAAGGAGAAGAAGAACAGAGUUGAGAAGCAAGAGAAAAAUAGGUUGCUGAACUUGAAACAAGCAGCGAAAGUUGGUGCCUUGCCUAGCCAUGUUCAGCUUGCUGCCACAGCCUUACCUAUAACUGGAACCCAAGCAAUGCCUCGGAAAGUUGGGAAGAAUGAAUUACAAAAUGUUGCCGUAAUGGCAUCGGUUGCAACAGCCAGUGCUGGAAAAUUUGACAAGAAAUUGCCUGGAGAGAAGUCUCCAAAGCAUGAAAAGAAAUACCGGAAGUUCUUGCCGGCUGUUGAAGGAUCUGGAAUGGGUGCAUUAGAAAAGCAACAAGCAGAAAAGGUUCUGAACAAGUUGAUCUCCAAAAAUUCUCACGACAUGCUCAAUGUUGUAAAGGCUGUGAACGUGUACAAUGUGAAGAAGGAAAAGAAACGAAGAAACAAUGAAGGGAAGCCAUCAACCCGAAGCAAGUUGAAGCCAAACAAGAAAUCUCUCAAGAAAACAUCAAAAAGAGUGUCUUCUAAUAAGGGGAAGUAAAAAAGCAAUUUUGUUAGAUGCUGGAACUUUUUUCAUUAACUAAGGAGGACAUAACGUUGCAGUCAUUUUUAAAGCUUCUUUUUGUUUUAUUUCAUAUUCGGGCUGAGAAUAUAACGUGCCUUUUUUAUAUGAAUUUAAUCAGCAGUUCAACUUUUGGUAUAUGUUGGGUGGGGGGUGUAAAGGAAGGGUAUGUUAAGGAUUGCACUGCCCUAACCCGUACACCUCCAACCCGAAUGGGUUGGAGAUUUCUUGGA